AUGGAUAAGGACGUGUGUAAAAGGUUCAAGAAUGUAAGGGAAUGGGUUCCCGAUCAAUUGUCCAGCAACGGAGAGUAUCAAAUUAAACAUGGUGAAGAUUUCCAAAAGUAUUGUACUAAUGAAUGUAAUAGCUCUCUCGAUAAAAUUAGUGCUGGGUGUUUAUAUUUGCUUAAUGAAUUUUUUCGUGAUUCUUCUACGUUUGAGUUGGUUGCAAAAGAAAACUUCUAUAUUGUUGAAUACAUUUUGAUAUGGUUAAGUUAUAUGUUAAACCUUAUCAAAACUCAAGAAAACGUCAGUAAAGAGCAUUUUUAUAAUACAUAUAUAAUGAAUGGUAGUAAGUAUACUACUAAUAUAAAAUAUAUUGAUGGUUAUAAUGAUUAUAAGGAUCUUAUAGAUACAAAUGAAUAUUUUUUAAAUAUGGAUAUGAGCAUUAUAUCUAAAUUAUAUGAUGCAUUUAAUAUAUUAUGUGAUAUAUAUAAUGAGCUUGAUACAAAUGGCUCAAAUUGCGAGAAAUGUUCCCAAAAAGCUAAUAAAUUUGUUGAAACAUAUAAAAAAAUUAUCAUAGAUCAUAACAUUACUGACGGUAACUCCUAUUUGCAUGUAGUUUUUACUUUAUUCAUAUAUUAUGAUAAUUUAAAAAAAAAAUGUAAAGAUUUCUCAUCCAUUCCAAAUAUAGAAAAUAUAAUUUCUGAAGCUACAUCAAGUUCGUCGAUAGCAAGCAAAUUAAUUCCAAUUUUAUCGAUAUUAGUUGCAAUAGCAAUUUUUUUAGGAAUUUCUUAUAAGUAUUCGUUAUUUGGAUUUCGGAAACGAUUUCAAAAACAAAAAUUAAGAGAAAAGCUAAAAAAUAUAAAGAAGAAAAUGAAUCGUUCAUAUAUGAUUCAAAGAGAGUGA